CAUCGACUGACCCACUAACUCACUCACUCAAUCGCCCACUCACUCUCACUCGCUGCACAUAACACUUGACCCUUGCUCUCAACCUCACCGCUCGUCUCCUCUGUCACACACCCACCAUGUCGCCUCCGCGUGUCCGCGACUCGAAGGCCAUCCCCCGCCAUAAGAAGCCUGUCGCCACCCAAGCCGAGUGGAACAAGAUCAUCGACAAGGUCAACUUCGACGCCGUGCGCAAGCUGGACGGGGUCUCGAUCGAGCAGGCGGCCUCGAGGAUCCGCUUCAAGCUCCGCCCGCCCAAAGUGACCACCUGGCUGACCGUCACGCCGUCCGCCCACCCGGUCGACGAGAACUUCUCCAAGGUGACCCAGACGCUGUACAAGUCAGAGCGCGAGUUCCGGCGCUACUACGACGACGCGUGCAAGUACUGCUCGAAGAUUGGCAACAAGUACUGCUUCUACCUCCCCAAGAGCCCCUACACCGAGUGUAUCGUGUGCUGGGCCGACGGAGAGCAGUGCACCCACGGCCAGCCGCUGCGCACGCCUCGCCAGGUUCGCCGCGAAGCCGUGGACAAGCUCGUCGCUGGCGUCAAGGACCGCGGCGCCGCCCUGAAGGCCCUCAAGGAGUUUGAGGCGGCCGAGGAGGAGGAGAAGAAGCCGAAAGACGUCGACCGGUACCAGUGCUUCCGCACCAAGAAGCCAGCGGGGAGGCGCGUGUGACUUGGCUUGCCUCCUGAUCAUGAGUCCGACGUAUCACUAGUAGCAUGUGCAUAGACUAUGAAUCUGUCUCCAAGCC